GGUCAGGGGGCGCUGGAGCCCUUGAGACGCCUUUUAGUGGAGAUAAUUCGGAGUGCUAAAUACGCCGACAAUAUUCCAUAUUUAAUUCAUGUAUCCUGAUUAAUUAACAGUUAUUUAAUUUCCCUUGUGCGUUGAAUACAAGCGAUUCUUCAUCAUGCCGAGAAUUAUGAUAAAAGGAGGAGUUUGGAGGAAUACAGAAGAUGAGAUUCUCAAAGCCGCGGUGAUGAAAUAUGGCAAGAAUCAGUGGAGUAGAAUAGCCUCCCUCCUGCACCGUAAAUCCGCGAAACAAUGCAAAGCCCGGUGGUUCGAGUGGCUGGACCCAAGCAUAAAGAAGACAGAAUGGAGUCGCGAGGAGGACGAGAAGCUGUUGCAUCUUGCGAAGCUCAUGCCAACGCAGUGGAGAACGAUUGCCCCAAUAAUUGGUCGUACAGCAGCUCAAUGCCUGGAGCGGUACGAAUGCCUCCUGGACCAGGCCCAGAAGAAGGAGGAAGGUGAGGAUGGCUCGGACGACCCCAGGAAGCUGAAGCCAGGUGAGAUUGAUCCCAAUCCCGAGACAAAGCCCGCACGUCCGGAUCCCAAAGAUAUGGACGAGGAUGAGCUAGAGAUGCUGUCGGAGGCGCGUGCAAGGCUCGCCAAUACCCAGGGGAAGAAGGCGAAAAGAAAGGCCAGGGAGAAACAGCUCGAGGAGGCCAGGAGACUGGCUGCACUCCAGAAGAGGAGGGAACUCAGAGCUGCGGGGAUCACUGUCAAUCAGAAGAAUAAACGAAAACGGGGGGUUAACUACAACACGGAAAUUCCAUUUGAGAAACGUCCAGCUAUUGGAUUUUACGACACCAGCAGUGAACACAUUGAUCCACUGGCUGCUGACUUCUCGAGGAUGAGGCAGCAGCAUUUGGAUGGAGAACUCAGGGCUGAUAAAGAAGAGCAGGACAGGAAGAAGGACAAGCAGAAACUCAAACAGAGGAAGGAGAAUGAUAUUCCCAUGGGGAUGCUCAAUAAUGAGGAGCCUGUGAAGAAGAGGAGUAAGCUCGUGCUGCCUGAGCCACAGAUAUCAGAUCAGGAACUGCAGCAGGUUGUCAAACUAGGUCGUGCCUCGGAAGUAGCAAGAGAAGUAGCCACCGAGAGUGGAAUAACCCUCUCAGACAGCCUCCUCGCGGACUACUCCCUCACUCCAAGUGCAGCAGUGACCCCACGCACUCCAGCGGUUACCGACCGCGUUCUCCAGGAGGCUCAGAACGUCAUGGCACUCACCCAUGUCGACACACCUCUGAAAGGAGGCCUCAACACUCCACUCCACAACGUCGACUUCACCAGUGUCGUUCCCUCGUCCACUGCCAUUGCCACUCCCAACACCGUCCUCGCGACUCCCUUCAGGUCCACAAGGAGUGACGGUACGCCUCUGAACUCUGGUUUCUCCACUCCAGCCUCAGCGCGGACCCCGAACGGCGUCUUGGCGCCAACCCCAGUACGUGAUAAAUUGAAUAUCAACCCAGACGCAGGUCUGGAUGGCUCGGAGACCCCAGCCUUACAGAAACAGACGAAAGAACAGUUGAAGCUGGGCCUGAGUGCCCUCCCAGCGCCAAAGAACGAUUUUCAGAUAGUGAUCCCUGAGAACGAGUCCCAGGACGACGGUUCUACCAAUCAACUUGAUCUCGGUGUGGAGGACCAGGCUGACGUGGACGCCAGGAAACAGCAGGAGUUGCUGGAGCAGAGGGCAAGGGAAAUAGCGAAGAGGUCACAGGUAAUCCAGAGGGGUCUGCCGAGGCCCACGGAAGUCAAUGUGAACAUCCUUAAACCAGUGGACGUUAGCCUGAGGAGCCUGAAGCCAGCGAAAGAUUCAGGUCUGACGGAUCAGCAAAUAGCUGAAGAACUCAUCAAGAGGGAAAUGCUGAGCAUGCUACAGUACGAUACUGUCCAGAAUCCCACGAUGAGUAAUUCAAAGCGUGGAAAUGCUCUUGUCUCGUUGGCACAGAGUUACCUGGAUCAGCAUCCGUACGACGAUUUUGAUAAGGAUCAGCUCGAUGUGGCUAGAAACCUCAUCACUGAUGAAAUGGAGGUGGUGAAGAAGGGAAUGGGACAUGGGGAGCUCAGUCUAGAGGCCUACACCACUGUGUGGGAGGAAUGCUCAUCGCAGAUUCUGUUCUUGGAGGGCCAGAAGAAGUUCACCAGGGCCAAUGUUGCCUCGAAGAAGGAGAAAAUCGAAGCUGCUGAGAGGAUUCUGGAGGAAAAUAGGGGGCACAUGACUGGUGCCGCAAAACUUGCUGCCAAGAAGGAGAAGAAACUUAAAAUUAUGACUGGGGGGUAUCAGACGAGGGAUCAGGUACUCACGAAACAGCUUCACGACACGUGUGAACAGAUUGAGCAGGAGCAGUUGCAGCUCUCGACUUUUAAGUUUCUUGAAAAGCAGGAGAAGGUGGCACUCGAGAGGAGACAGAGUGCAUUGACUGAGGAUGUCAAUAGGCAAAUCGAAAGGGAGAGGAGUCUGCAGCAGAGGUAUGCUGAGCUGAUGGAGCAGCUGCAGCUGGCAAGGGUCAGCCAGGAUUGAUUUUUUGUGUAAUUUAUGGAAUUAUUUCGUUCGAUUGUAAUGGGAGAUUGUUUUGUAUUGAGAAGGAUGAUAAAUAUAAAAAUUCAAGAUUA